AUGCAAUUCACAUACAUCGUCGCCGCUCUGGCUUCUGUCACCGCUGUGCUCGCAGGCCCAAUGCCAGAGCCCAUCCCACACCCCAAUGUGAUCGCAGCUCGCGCCGCAGACAGUCCUCUCGCAGCACGAGAUGACGAUGGAGCCGGCGGUGGUGGCCUCCUUGGUGAUGUUGGUGGUCUCGUGUCCGGUGUUCUCGGAGGUGGAAGCGGAGGAGGAGGUGGUAUCAAUGUCGAUACAGGCAACAUCGGCAACAUCGGUAGCGGGAACGGCAACGUGAACAACGGCUGGGUGAACAACAACAACGGCUGGGUAAACAACAACAAUGGUUGGGUCAACAACAACAACGGCUGGUUCAACAACAAUGGUCGGAAUGGAGGCUGGUAUUCUCCAAGCGGAUUCAUUUGGAGCAACAACCAGUGGCUCGGAUCAAACCCUGGAUACACUUGUCAGAGUAUCUCGUGUUGGACUGGCGGUUGCAACCCGCAGAGGCAGUGGAAUGGACAGAACUAUUGCACUGCCGGAUGGCAGGCUUGGUGCCCUUGCUGGUAG